AUGAAAUAGUUUAAAGUUUCUUGCGGGAUUACGGAUGCUAUGAAAAAUCAAUCAAAAGAUGUUUAAACUUGUUCGUUGAAAGCUGAGAAUCUUAAAGAAAUUGUAUAUUUUAUUAUCAAACAUAGUACAGAGGAAUUGAUCAAAAUAAUUUACAAUAAGUUAAUCAACAUCUUAUAAACCAUUUUUCAUUUAACCCUAUUGUUGGUACAAUUGAAUAGCCAAAUAAUCCCUUACAAAAAAUACGUAAUCGAUCUAAAACAAAAGUUUAAUCAUAAAUGCAUAGUUAUUAAUAGGUUGAGUCCGUUCAAAAUUCAUAUUAAUCGAUAGAACUACUAGAUGAGAAGGAUAAGGAGGUAAAUUAUUAUAAGAGUCAUAUCUAACAACUAACAGAGGAAUUGUAAAAAUUAACUGAAUAUUUUGAAACAGUUAGAAAUGAAAAUUAAUAGCUUAAAAAUUAAGUCAAUUAAAGUCAAAAUUAUCAAUUAAUCAUUUCAAAUCAAUAGUAAUAGAUUAUGAAAUUAUAGUAAGACAACGUUGAAUUGGAAAUGAUUUUGAAGAAUGCACUUUUAUAAUAGGAAAGAUAAAAAUAUUAAUAAUAAACUUCAAAUAAAACAACGAUCACUAAGAAAAACUAAUUAAAUGGAUAAAAAUUAAAGUUGUUCAAUUGCUAGAGUUUCUUAAGUGAAUAAAAGAACAAUUCCAACAUUAAUGCUCGUCUAAUCUCUUGUCCAGAUGAGGAAAGACAGAAAAGUCACAGAAGUAAUGAACCAAAAACAAGUAAUUAAUCAAGUCUAACCCUUCCUGAUUAUAAUAAUUACUCAAAUGAUUAAAAGUAGAUACUUAAGUAAGAGAAGGAGAAUAGGAAGACUAAAUAUUGA